UUCCCUUCCCCUCUCCUCCUCACAGCUUCUCCCCGCUCCGAGCGACCUCGCCCGCCUUCGUCCGGUCCACGCGCCUCCUGCGCCCCACCAUGGCCAGGGGCCCGGGCUCCGCGCCGCGGCCGCUGCCGGUGCUGCUGGUGCUGGCGGCGGUGGCCGGUUACGCGGCCUCGCAGACCAACUGCACCUGUGCCACCAACAAGAUGACCAUCUGCGGCCCGGACGGCCCGGGCGGCGCCUGCCAGUGCCGCGCGCUGGGCUCGGGCGUGGUGGUGGACUGUUCCACGCUGACCUCCAAGUGCCUGCUGCUCAAGGCCCGCAUGAGCGCCCCGAAGAGCGGCCGCACGCUGGUGCGCCCCAGCGAGCAGGCGAUCGUGGACAACGACGGCCUCUACGACCCCGAGUGCGACCCCCAGGGCCGCUUCAAGGCGCGCCAGUGUAACCAGACGUCCUCGGUGUGCUGGUGCGUGAACUCGGUGGGCGUGCGCCGCACCGACAAGGGCGACCCGAGCCUGCGCUGCGACGAGGUGGUGCGCACCCACCACAUCCUCAUCGACCUGCGCCACCGCCCCGCCGCGCGCGCCUUCAACCACUCCGACCUGGACGCCGAGCUGCGGCGGCUCUUCCGCGAGCGCUACCGCCUGCACCCCCGGUUCCUGGCGGCCGUGCACUACGAGGAGCCCACCAUCCAGAUCGAGCUGCGCCAGAACGCGUCGCAGAAGGCCCCCGGCGACGUGGACAUCGCCGACGCCGCCUACUACUUCGAGAGGGACGUCAAGGGCGAGUCCUUGUUCCAGGGACGCCGCGGCCUGGAUGUGCGGGUGCGCGGAGAGCCCCUGCACGUGGAGCGAACGCUCAUCUACUACCUGGACGAGAAGCCCCCCGAGUUCUCCAUGAAGCGCCUCACCGCCGGCCUCAUCGCCGUCAUCGCCGUGGUCGUGGUGGCCCUGGUGGCCGGGCUGGUCGUCCUGGUCAUCACCAAUCGUAAGAAGUCCGGGAAGUACAAGAAGGUGGAGAUCAAAGAACUGGGGGAGUUAAGAAAUGAACCGAGCUUGUAGGAACAGGGAAGAGGGGACGGGGGGCGGGAGGGAGUUUGGCAGGAGUGGGGAGAGGGAGACACACCAGAUGUGGGUGACCCCCUCACCCCCUCCCCAGAUCAAAGUGAGUCACUCAUCAUGAUUCCUGACCUAAAAGAGGUGUUCUCCCUUAGGGCCUACCCUCUCCUACCAUCUCCAGGCGCAACACAUUUGCUGAGAUCCUGGAUUCAGGGUCUCUUCUUUCAUCUUUCUUGAAGGAAGCAUUUCUAAAAGCACCCUGCCUUCCUUUGGGCCCAACUAGAAAUCUAAGUAGGGAAGGGACGGCCCAGUCUUAAUGGGUCAGGAGCAAGUGUCUCAGACCCAGAGUCUUUUGCCAGUGGCUGGACUCCAAUCCAUCUCAAAGGCUCACAGGAGUUCGGCUGGAAAGCAGUGUGUCUGCUUCCUUGGGUUUAAAUCAUCAGAGGAGUUCUCCUCCAUCUGACCUUCCCCAGAGAAGAGGACUUUGCUAAUUGUACCUGUGUCGUGUCCUCAUUCACCAUGGUUUAUAUUACUGACCACGUCUGCUGGCCACCAGGAAAGAAGCUGGUUUCUGAUGCCAGAACACAUUUUUCCAUGUCUUUUGUUGGAGGCCACACUGGCCCAGAAACAUGUAAUCAUUCCUUGGCUUAUCUUUAGUACAAUUGAAAUUAAUAAUGUUUUCUUUUUGUAAAAAUGUGUGUGUGUGUGUGUGUGUAUAUGCUGUGUUUGAUAAC